AUGGGGACCAUGACGAUCGGUGCCAAGUACAAGGCCACGCUCAAGGACCGCGGCACCGGCGGCGUCCUCCGCAUGAGUGAAGAUAAGUUAACAUUUACUCCUAAUGAUCCACGCUCACUAAUGAAGCUCAGUGUCGAUUUUCGGACCAUCAAAGGCCAUAAGUUCAACAAGGUAGAUGGUAGCAAACCAACACCGGCAUUAUUGAAUCUUUCAAAAGAUUCUGACAAGGGGGGAGGCUAUAUUUUUGAGUUUGAGAAUGUUGGUAACCGUGAUUUGUGUCGCGACUUUGUAGCUAGGGUUUUAGGCAAACAUCAAGGUACUGUGCCUGCUAGACCAAAUGUACCUCCUGAGAUAUCAGCUGUGUCAACUGGUCCAGAACAGCUCAGUUCUGCCGAAAUGGAACGGCGAAUGAAAUUGCUACGAGAAGACAGUGAACUGCAGAAGUUACAUAAGAAGUUUGUGCUUGGUAAUAUUCUCCAAGAGUCUGAAUUUUGGGCAACAAGAAAGAAUUUACUUGACGAUGAAACAAACAAAGCAUCAAAACAAAAGCCAAGUUUCAAAAGUGCUAUGCUAGCUGAUGUUAGGCCAUCAGCUGAUGGACAGACAAACAAGGUUACUUUCAGUCUGACUACUGAGAUUAUCCAUCAGAUGCAAGAAAACAAGGGUGAUGACGGGGGACUAGGAGGGAGAGGUGGUGCUAGGAAGAGAAUUAAGAGUGGGAAGGGGAAGCGAGAUGAUGGCCCUUAUUUUUGCAGAAAAGCCAGCCGUGCAUCGGGCAUUUUUAGAUUAUGUCCCGAAGAAGCGGCAAAAGCUGAGGCCGCUGAUGAUGAGGAAUUAGCCAUGUUUUUGAAAAAUGAUGAUAUACUUGCCAAGGAGGCAAAGCUCAAGAUAAAACGAGUUGAUCCAACAUUAGACAUGGAGGCAGAUGCAGGAGAUGACUACAUCCAUCUUCUGGAUCACGGGAUUCUCCGUGAUGGCAGCAGAGACACAACUGAUACUGAUAGCGAGUUGGCUAGGAGAACACUUUCUCAGGAUCUGAAUCGGCAUGCUGCUGUUGUUCUUGAAGGGAGAUCAACAGAUAUUGAAUCAACUGAUACGAAGACUGUGGCUGAAGCACUUGCACGGUCCAAGAAGGAACCACCUCCUAGCUCUGUUGCUGAUGAUGCUAGUCAUGAGAGAUUGGUAAAGGUGGCCCGCAUGACUGAGAUAGAGGAUCUGCAAGCUCCACGAAGUCUCCCAUACGCUCCACUUUGUAUAAAGGAUCCUCGAGAAUAUUUUGAUUCUCAGCAAGCCAAUGCUCUGAGACCUUUAGGUAGCAACGAUGGAAGAAAGGCCCGCAGCUGCAGCCUGAGCACCGAUGAUACAUUCUGUCAUUUAAUGGAUCAAAUAUCUUCCGUGAAAAUGAACUGUCCGGUUGUUCAGUCAGAUGUUGCUCUAAAGGUUUUAUUGGGCUGA